GCCCCCGACGGAGGGAGCCCGCCCGACCUGGGCUGGCCUCCGCGCUCCGCAACUUCCCUUCCAGCCCCGGGCCGCGCCUCCCCGCAGGGCCACGCCUCCCGGGCUCGCAAGGGUUAAGGCGGCGGAGAGAAGAGGUUUGGGCUGACGUCGCUCUGGCUGAAGGUGGUUCCCCUCCGAUGAGGAUGGGAGAGCCUGGCGAGCUGAAACCCGAGCUCCCGCUCAGCCGGGGCUUGGGGAGGUCCCUGUAAGAGCCGCCUGCCCGCGGCCUCCCUCGGUCCCUCCUCUCCGUCCCCAGCAGUCGCUCCAGCACCAGCCGCGGGAAGGAUGGAGCUGGGCUGGUGGACGCAGCUGGGGCUCACUUUCCUGCAGCUCCUGCUCAUCUCGUCCUUGCCAAGAGAGUACACGGUCAUUAAUGAAGCCUGCCCCGGAGCCGAGUGGAACAUCAUGUGCCGGGAGUGUUGUGAGUAUGAUCAGAUCGAAUGCGUCUGCCCCGGAAAGAAGGAAGUCGUGGGUUAUACCAUCCCUUGCUGCAGGAACGAGGAGAAUGAGUGUGACUCCUGCCUGAUUCACCCAGGUUGUACCAUCUUUGAAAACUGCAAGAGUUGCCGAAACGGCUCAUGGGGGGGUACUCUGGACGACUUCUAUGUGAAGGGGUUUUACUGUGCAGAAUGCCGAGCAGGCUGGUACGGAGGAGACUGCAUGCGAUGUGGCCAGGUCCUGCGAGCCCCCAAGGGUCAGAUUUUGUUGGAGAGCUACCCCCUAAAUGCUCACUGCGAAUGGACCGUUCAUGCCAAACCUGGGUUUAUCAUCCAACUCAGGUUUGUCAUGCUGAGCCUGGAGUUUGACUACAUGUGUCAGUAUGACUAUGUGGAGGUCCGUGAUGGAGACAACAGCGACGGCCAGAUUAUCAAGCGUUUCUGUGGCAAUGAGCGGCCAGCUCCCAUCAGGAGCACUGGUUCCUCACUCCAUGUGCUCUUCCAUUCUGAUGGCUCCAAGAAUUUUGAUGGCUUCCACGCCAUUUUUGAAGAGAUCACAGCAUGCUCCUCAUCCCCGUGUUUCCAUGAUGGCACGUGCCUCCUUGACAAAGCUGGAUCUUACAAGUGUGCCUGCCUGGCAGGCUAUACUGGGCAGCACUGUGAAAAUCGUGUCCUGAGUUGGAUGACAAAUUACAUGAUCAUCCUGGAAAUAUGGGAUGAGGUUAGGUGAGUCACAGACAAACCAACCAACGUUUAUUGAGGAUCUGCUAUAUAUCGGGCUCUGUGGAAAUGCAGAAAAAAAAGGAUACCUUGUCUUUCUCUGAAGGAACUUAUCCUGAGCUGGUGAGACAAGGUCCAUGCUUCUUCUGCAGUAGCUCUUGGAAGGAAAUGGGGUUGCCGGUGGUGGGACAGAACAGAGGAAUCGCAGCAGAAAGAAAUCCUUCCAACCAUGGAAUUCCACAGGUUCU